UUUAGACAACGCGCUAGCUCUGACGAGGAUCAGUAUCCUUUUGGCGUUCCGUGUGCGCGGUUGUCUGCCGCUCGUCCUGAAACGCAGCUACAGUAAAAACCUAUAUAAGACUCAGAAACGUUUCAAAUGAACUAAAUCGAAGCGCGUAACAUUUUGUUAAGUUUUAUCCGUUCGGACAUUUCAAUAAAGUACGUGCAAUAAUUUGUUGACACUUUUAUUCGUACUUCAACCAAAGUUUUUGUGUUGUGAAACAUUUAGUGUUGUGUUUAAAAACAGAACUUGUCAUUUGAUUGGAUUAAGAAAACUCUCUCCCCCAUCAUACUAUACUUUUGGAUUAUCAACUAAGCAUUUAAACAAAAAUGGAUUACAAACACGAUCUUAACUCGGACGAUGAUUUCGACUGCUCCAAUGGCUAUAGCGAGAGCUUUGGCAGCAAUGGCCGUCUGGCCAAUCCAAAUGGUCUGUCCAAGGCGGAAUUGAGAAAGACAAACAAACCCAUUAUGGAAAAACGGCGUCGCGCUCGUAUCAAUCACUGUUUGAACGAGCUCAAAUCGCUGAUCCUGGAGGCAAUGAAGAAAGACCCGGCGCGACAUACCAAACUGGAAAAGGCCGACAUACUCGAGAUGACGGUGAAGCAUUUGCAGUCUGUGCAGCGCCAGCAGCUAAACAUGGCCAUCCAGACAGAUCCCGGCGUGGUGCACAAGUUCAAGACGGGCUUUGUUGAGUGCGCCGAGGAGGUGAAUCGCUAUGUCAGCCAAAUGGAUGGCAUUGAGCCGGGCGUGCGUCAGCGUCUCAGCGCUCAUCUUAACAACUGCGCCAACAGUCUGGAGCAGAUUGGAUCGAUGUCUAAUUUCAAUAAUGGCUAUCGCGGUCAGCUGCCGGCCAUUUUCCCGGGCGCCGCUGCGCCCCUCUUCCCACCACUGCCCCAGGAUCUGAACAACAACAGCAGCAGCAACAGCAGCCGCGAGGGCGUCACAGCAGCAGCAGCUCCAGCCAUACAGAUGGGCGGCCUUCAGCUGAUACCCUCCCGCCUGCCCUCGGGCGAGUUUGCUUUAAUCAUGCCAAAUACAACAACGACAGCGGCACCCGCGCCGGCGCCCUUUGUCUGGCCAGGAGCGGCAGUGAAUGCAGCCAGUGCUGCGCUGGCCAGCAUUGCCAAUCCCACGCAUCUGAGUGAUUACGCCCAAAGCUUCAGGCUGAGCGCAUUCAACAAGCCGACAGCGCCCGCCCAGACGCAACUGCAGGCGGCAGGAGCAGGCGGAGCUGCAAGCGCAGUUGCCGCCAAGAACACAACCAGCAGUCCGCCCCUGAGCCCCAUCUCAUCCAUCUCCAGCCAGAGCCAUGGCGAUGAGUCGCGUGCUGCCUCGCCAGCGAGUGCGGUACAGGCGGAACUGCUGCUGGCCAAACAGCACAGCUUUGCUGGCGUCUUCUCCACGCCGCCGCCCACCAGCGCGGAGACCUCCUUCAACAGCAGCGGCUCCCUGAAUCUAAGCGGCGGCAGCCAUGACACCAGCGGCUCUGCCUGCAACACGUCGCGCUCGCACCUGCAACAGCAGCAGGUGAGCUCCACCAGCGGCCAGGAUAGUGGCGCUGCGAAGCGGAUGCGCGAGGCGGAACUGGAGCAGGAGCAGGAGCACGAGCGGGCCGAUUCUAGCGAUUGUUCGUUAUCGGACGAACCAUCAUCUAAGAAAUUCCUGGCCGCCGCCAUCGAGAAGUCCAGCUCCGCCUGGCGGCCCUGGUGACGCAGCAGCAGCAGCAGCAGCAGCAACAUCCUCUCAAAUAUUGUCUAUGUUUUAUGUUAAGUUUAUGCUCCCCCUCUCUCUCUGUCUCUGUUAAUUUAUUUUCAUUGCAAUUUUAUUCAGAUUUCCAUUAAGUUUUUCCAUUUUCCAUGUUUCGCUUUCUUCAAUUUUAAGUUCAGCUGUGAUUUUUUAAAGCGUGUAUAUUUUGUGUAAUUUUUGUAUAAUUUGUAUUAAUUUGUUUAAGCAUUUAUCUAUUAUUAUUAUUAUUAUUACUAUUAUUAUUAUGUAUUUUAGCAACAUGGCAUAUUCUUGAUUCAUAUUAAAUGUUCUUUAUUACAUUAUUUAAGUUUCAACUGCAAGAAUUUUUAACUAAGUUAUGUAGAUCUUAGCGUCAAGUUUUUCACGUUUCCAGCUUCGAUUCUAAGAGGUUAUUAAUAUUUUAUUUUAGUAUAGUUUAUGGACUUGUUCCAGCUGAAUUUCAACUGAGCAACUGAGUGAAACAAAUAAAAUAAACAAAA